AUGAGUUCAUUGCACUAUCAAUUGUUUCUUUUCUUCUGCUUCUAUGUUGCUGUUCAGGCUCCAUACAGAGACGGCGAUAUCAUGUUGGGCGGACUUUUCAACGUACACCAGCCGCCAGACCAGCCAGGGAGACAAUGUGGAGAGAUAUAUUUGACAGGACUUGGUGCCAUGCAGGCUAUGAUCUUCGCAAUCGAACGAAUAAACAACGACACAAGUCUUCUUUCGAAUAUUUCCCUAGGAUAUGACAUAAGGGAUUACUGUGGAAACCUCUCAAAAGCUGCAGGACUUGUUUACAAACUUUUAACUGUUAAUUCUUGUGUCAAUUUAAGCCAAAAUGCCACAAGAAAGAAAGCCAUCGUUUCUUUAAUAGGCCCAAAGGAAUCUAGCACAGCGCUAUUCAUUGCUGGAUUUCUACGGAUGCUCAAUGUUUCGAGCAUAAGUGGAUUAGCUACUAGUGCUGAACUUAGCUCACUUACCUAUGACCAUUUAUUUCGAACAGUGCCUUCGGACACUUUUCUUGCAAAAGCGAUGGUUGACUUGGUUACACACUUCAAUUGGAGUCAUGUUGCUGUCGUUGCACUAGAUGAUUCGUAUGGACGAAAUGGAGCAUGGGCAGUAGUUAGCGAAAGUACGUCAAGAAAAAGCUCGUUCUGCAUUGCCUUGACGCAGUUUGUACGCCACGAAAGUCUGAAUUCGAGUAUUUCGAACAUAGUUAGAAAGCUUAAACAGAUGGACAAUGUCAAAGUUGUGAUCUUAUGGUUAUACAAAAAUUAUCAAACGAAGUUUUUAGUAGAGGUUCAGAAGCAAAACCUAACUGGACGUGUGUGGAUUUUCAGCAGUGCUCCUCUAACUUCCACACUGCCAAUAGAAGGUAUUCUCGAGAGCUCUUUGGGAUUUCUAUUCCAUGAAUUCAGCGACUUUGGCUUCAAGGAAUAUUUAAAAGAUAUAUUGGUCAGAGAGAGAGACAAUAGAAGUUUUUCUGCAUGGAACGACAGUACAAGCGAAAUGUGGAAGCUUUUGAGGAGCAAGAAGUGUGUUCAUCGCCAAAUUGAGCAGUGCUCUAAAGACUUGAUUACAGAAAGCUACAGCUCUCAUGUUCCGUACAUCAUCGACGCCGUAUAUGCCGUGGCACAUGCGGUAGAUAUUUUCAAUCGAAACUUUAGCAAUAACGAGACCAAAGAUCGGGCGAAAUUGCAGAUAGCCAAUAGUUUUGAGGUGCAGAAGCUUCUUGGCAGAGUAAAUUUUGACGGACUGACUGGAAAAAUCAAGUUCGAUCGAUUUGGUAACAGGGGUUCGGCGUAUUACGACAUUUUCAGCUUUAAAAAAGUACCCAAUGGAGAUGUCGAGAGCGUAAAAAUGGUGCUGAUAGGAGAAUGGAAAAAUUCAAAGAGGAAUGAAACUCGCUUGAUUUUUCAUGAAGCCUUGGAUUGGACGACUACAUCCGGUCGCCCCCCUAAAUCUGAAUGCUCGGAGCAGUGUCCUCCUGGAACAAGGAAAUCUUUUACUUCUCCUUGUUGUUGGCAGUGCCUUCCGUGUCUUGGUGGAACCAUCAGCCCAUCUGCUGGUUCUGAAAGCUGCAGUGAAUGCCCCAUCGGAAAAAUAUCUAACCAGGCUAAAACAGAGUGUGUCGCCUUACCCUCCGCUAAUAUAAGUUAUGGUGGUGCAAGUGGAAUUUUAAUUCUUACCUUUGCUACGCUCGGUGUAGUGGUUACAUUGCUUUGUCUGGCAGCCCUCUAUAAAUUCUGGAAUAGUCCCAUUGUCAAGGCUUCCAAUCGAGAACUAAACCUUGUUCUUUUACUCACAAUUCUGUCCUUAUUGUCUUUAGUAUUCAUUAAUAUCUUUAUAUCCACGAAUCCAAAUUGCAUGAUCAUAUACCCGUUACGUUAUCUGACCUAUAACUUCUGCCUCUCAGUCUUAUUGGUUAAGGUAUUGCGUAUUUCCAGUGCUUUUCAGGUUCCAAUUAUGACCAGUUUGGAAUUCACUUCUCUUCCAAACAAAGCUCAAGUUGGGAUUGUUAUAGUAUUUCUAGCUCCACUGUUGUCGGUGUUGAUGCCAUGGUUGCUUUUGGAUCCACCCUUUAACAUGCAACAUAUCUAUCCAAAACGUUACACCUUUAACGAAUGCAAGGCAUACUCCAGCUCACUUGGAAAAUCUCUAUUCUUAGUAACAUGUUUUUACAUUUUCUUCCAAAUGCUUUUGUCCACAUUCUGUGCCUUUAAGAUUAGGAACAUUCCUGAAAAUUUCAGCGAGGCCAAACGAAUCGCCUUUUCCAUGUACAUCUUUUUGUUCUCAUUGCUUUGCUAUCACCCGGUAGAAUUAUCCUUGGAUGGAUGGUAUGUAACUGUUGUGGACUGUGUAACAACUUUGUUGAGCGCCUAUGGUUUCCUUUGUUGUCUAUUUUUGCCCAAAAUGUAUAUUCUGUUCUUUAGGCAGGGGAUGAACGAUGUGAAUGGGAUCAGACAAGAAGUAACUCAGUUCUCGUUUAGUUCAGGUUGUGAACGCGUAAACCGUGCUUUUGAUAGCUCUAAUUAGGAAGCUGAAUCGUACUAUAAGCUUUCUUAAGAUCAGUAAUUUUGUUUCAGUGUGCCAUAGACUUCUUAGUAAGUGAAAUGUAAAUCCAUCCUUAAAGAAAAUUUAAUUAGCACUGUAUUACAAAUAUAGGCUUCAAGGCAUAAAAACACUUAAUAUUGCCAUGGAUUUUUUCUUCUUAUUUUCCAGGAUGGCUUAAUUCUCUUCAACUGACUUCGCCAUCAACUAUUGUUGAGCCUUCGCCGUUCAAAUACGACACAUUAUUGAUUAACAACGCUGGAAACUAGUCUACGUUGCUUUCAUUUUGGCUAACCCGGGUAAAAUUUUUUUACGAGACCGUAAUUUGUGGCUUGGAAGCAAAAACCAUUUAUGACCUGAGGCAAAAGCCUUGUCUUAUUUCUUAGCAGCAAAACUGAUUUCCACAACGUAUGCUUCUUGCGUAGCUAAUUAGGAAACAUUUUGUCUCUGCAAUGAUGUUUCCAAGUUUAGCUAGGCCUUUGGGCAGAUGCUUAGAUCAUUAAACUGCAUGGGGAUGAGUGCGAUAUUCGCUGCUAUAAACACUACUUGAGCAGUAACGAAAAUAAGACUUUCUGAUCAUGAAUUGGGAAGGAGAUAAACCGGCGAUGCGAAUGGCAUCAGACAAGAAGUCAAUCAGUUCCCGUUUACUUCAUACAAGUUGUGUUCGCGUAAACCCUGCUUUUGAUAGUUCCAAUUAGGAAGCUGAGUCGUAUAAUAGGCUUUCAUAAGAUUAUUUUGUUAUUUUGAGCGUGUCAGAGACUUCUAUAUGUUCGUAAAUAAAAAAAUUGAAUCUAUGAUUGAGGAAAAUUCAUGUUAUUAAUUGACACUAUAUUGCAAAAGUAUCUAUAACUUGACCUUUGAGUAGGCAUGUAGUAAUGGUUAAGCAAGGAAGAAUCGCACUUCCGGAAGACAAAUAGCCAGGUGUGCGUUGAAUAAUAGGGUGACUCUACAUUUUCAUUUGUAUUUUUAAUCUUCCUUUACGACAUCAUACCAGGAACUCCUCAAAAACUGCAUUAGACAAACUUUCCUACCUUCACACAAGCUAAGAAGUAACUUUAUCACCUCGUCCAAUAAACUCCCUCUCCUAUUUUGGGACCUGCUUAAGUCUCUUCUAUUUUGAGUUUGCCGUCGGCCAUUGUUGCCAGUUCUUAAGACACAUUAAUCAGGAGCGACGGAGACUAGUCAACAUUUAUUUCAUAGUGGCAAAGCCGUAAAAAAAAUUUUCAGGAGGCUUAAUUUGCGUCAUGCAAGGAAGAGCAUUGUCAAGUUUCUUAGCAGCUAAACUUGUUUCCGCAGCAUAUGUUUCUGGCCUGGCUAAUUAAAAGACAUGGGCUUUUGGGAAGAUGCGUAGAUAGUUGAACUGUAUAAGCCUUAGUGGAGGGGGAGUUUGAAGUAGUUUGGUUGUGUCGUUAAAAAAUGUACUUGAUCUCUCCACAAGGUUCUACAUUAUUCGAAGCGUCCUUGCUCUUUCACCGUGAAUUUAUACAGCGGUGUUCUUGAGACGUGGCAUUUACAAAUUGUGAUGAAUUUGCCGCCAGCCUUAAGAUACCUGAUCCAAUUAAGAGAACAUUCUGCUCAGCAGAGUUAAUUUGGCGAAUAACUUUCGGAAAGUUGUCCACAAGACUCUGCGGCAUAUGUUUUACUACAUGAGGGAAGAUAACUACAUGGUCAAGGAUACACAAUUGCCAUUGGACCAGUUUUCUGGUUUCUUAAGGAUAAAACAUGUAAGUAUGGAACAUCUCUCGUUUACAUCAGCGAAGUAUUCUGGUUUCCAUUCUAUAUUAUUCAAAAAUAAAACCUCUUAUGCUGUUAAUGACCCAAUUAAAUCCACAGUCAAAUGAACACUACAUAAUAAAUUGAGCCUAAAUGUCUAAACAUGAACUCUUUUGGUUGCCCUUCGAAAUUCUCUAGAGGAUGAUUUUCACAUAAUGCAUACUUUCAGCAGCAGUUGGCACAAGGAUAUGAAUUUAGUUUUUUAUUAACUGUAUCUUAAAUCCUCAAUGACAUGAAAUGUGCCAGGCCAAGCCGUGGACGCGUCGUCUUUGUCCCACAUAUUACCUUACAAUGUAGGCGACCAACCAACUCGACACCAUUUCUUUUUGUAACGCAAUCCCCCCAAAAAACGCCACCUACCCACCUACUUUAUAUCUUUUAUCUUAAUAUAUUAUUUUAUACUGGGUAGGUGGCGUUUUUGGGGGGGAUUGCGUUACAAAAAGAAAUGGUGUCGAGUGCGUGAAAUGCUUGAAGAUUACAAUCACAUUAUAUAAGUUAGGAGAUGCCAACUCGUCACGUGUGAUCUUAAUAAAAGGGAAAUGGAUAUGUUAAGGCGAGAAGUCUGAUGGAUACUAACACUGAUUCUCUGUGUGUUUGGUGCAUAACGUAUAUUUUUCGCGAUCUUUUUUUCACAUUCAGAAAUAUCAGCAGUUGGCAAUCUAGAGCAUUUGCUCCUAUUGCUGCUCUUCGUUAUCAAAGAAUACUACUAAUUCUUAUUUAUUGAUAUGUUUUAUAUCAUGUAAAUUAUUUCUAUGAUCAUUUUGCGUUACUAGCCUGAAUAGGGUAGGAUACAACGAAGAUGGAAAUGAACUGAAAAAUUCUCAUGGAAACACGUCGUGUUUUUAAAAUUUCUGCUUCCAGGUGUGCUUCACGUUUGUGGUUUAGUUCGAUAUUGCUUUUAAACAUAAGAUCAGUUGAUUCCUGUAACCCUGUAGCCCUGCCUGGUGGUUUUACGUGUCUUGUUUUUGAAUGUUGGUUCGCUUUUUAGUCCAUGUUUGUCUCGUUUCGUUUGCGUUGUUUUGUUUAUGGACGAAAUGGAAUAUGGAUUUUAGUUAACAAGACUACGUCAAGAAAAAGUUAAUUCUGUAUUGCUAUGACGGACCUUACACUCCGUGGAAGUCUACAUCACAGCAAUUCCAAAGUGGUUAUAAAACUAAAGCAGAUGCACAAAAUCAAAGUUGUAAUGUCGCGGUGCAACGCGCAUUACCAAACGAAGUUUUUUGAAGAGGUGCACAGGAAAAACCUAACUGUCUGUGUGUGUUUGUGUGUCAUUUUUCUAACGGACACUUAAUUGCAAAUAUAUUUAUAACUAAAACGUUGAAACCUUCGAGUAGGAAUCGAGGUCUCAAAACACUAGAUAGUGCAACGGAUUGUUUUUGUUAUGUUUCUGGGAUGGUUUGACCAGCGGAAGGUCUAGUUAGCUUGUCCGAUGGCAAAAUAAGAAAAUAUAGUUUUGAAAAACAUAUGGUGACAUCCGGACGGAGUGAUGUUCUAAUUAACCUCCUGUGUUAUAAUUUAGUGAAAUGUUUAAUUAUUUUAUUGAAGUUAUUUUAACACUGUUGAUAAGAAGGUACCUUUCAAUUAACAUGCAAAUUAUUAUCAAGUUCAGAAAAAUUAAUCUAUAAAAAAAUUGCGUUGUAAUUGAAGAAGUAUGUCCAUUUAACAACUGCGUCAAACUGUUAAGCUAUUUUUUUUGUUAGAAAGGCAGACAAAGGCAUGGUUUUGUUUUUCUCUCGCUAUUUCAAUAUAUAUGGUAACUUGUUAAAAAAAAUUGAGAGGGAGAGAGAGAAAAAAAUAACAAGAGAAAUAAGAAAUUAAGAGAGAUGUUUUUAAUUUGUCUUGUCAUAAAGCUGGCGUUACAAAGUCCGAGAUCGUUUUAAAUUUAAACACUCCCAACGUAUGGUCACCAUUAAUUUAUAACAUAUAGAAAAAAACCAGAAAGCUAGAGGCUCACAAGUGAUAACAAUUGGCUGUUUUUUGUAGAGUAAGACUUCAGGUUUCUGAAUUGAAAUUAACAUAAAAAGUCACUAAUCACUACCUUAUGUGCGAAAUACACGUAAGUACAAAAAACUAAUGUCUAUGCGUUGGGUUCACCAACAAGGAAAAAUAGGAAAGAAGAGUAUUGCUAUGAGUUCGUUGCACUACCAGUUGUUUCUUUUCUUCUGCUUCUAUGCUGCUGUUCAGGCUCCAUACAGAGAAGGCGAUAUUAUGCUGGGUGGACUUUUCAGCAUGCACCAGCCGGGGAGCAGAUUUGAAGAGGUACAUUUGAGAGGAAUUGGUCGCAUGCAGGCCAUGAUCUUCGCAAUCGAACGAAUAAACAACGACACAAGUAUUCUUUCGAAUAUUUCCCUUGGAUACGACAUAAGGGAUUACUGUGGAAAACUCUCAAAAGCUGCAAGACAUGUUUACAAACUUUUAACAGUUGAUUCUUGCGUCAAUUUAAGCCAAAAUGCCACAAGAAAGAAAGCCAUCGUUUCUUUAAUAGGCCCGUACGAAUCUAGUACAGCGCUAUUCAUUGGUGGAUUUCUCCGGAUGCUCAAUGUUUCGAGCAUAAGUGGAUCAGCUUCUAGUGCUGAACUUAGCUCGCUUACCUAUGACCAUAUAUUUCGAACAGUGCCUUCGCACACUUUUCUUGCAGAGGCGAUGGUUGACUUGGUUACACACUUCAAUUGGAGUUAUGUUGCUGUCGUUGCACUAGAUGAUUCGUAUGGAAAAAAUGGAGCAUGGGCAGUAGUUAGCGAAAGUACGUGGAGAAAAAGCUCGUUCUGUAUUGCUUUGACGGAGUUUAUACGCCUUGAAAGUCUGAAUCUGAGUAUUCGUAACAUAGUUAAAAAGCUUAAACAGAUGGACAAUGUCAAAGUUGUGAUCCUAUGGUUAUACGAGAAUUACCAAACGAAGUUUUUCGCAGAGGUUCAGAGGCAAAACCUAACUGGACGUGUGUGGAUUUUGAGCGAGGCUCAUUUAACUUCUACACUGCCACUAAAAGAUAUUCUCGAGAGCUCUUUAGGAUUUCAGUUGCAUGAAUUCAGCGACUCUGGCUUCAAGGAAUAUUUAAAAGAUAUAUUGGUCAGGGAGAGAGACAAUAGAAGUUUUCUUGGAUGGAACGACAGUACAAGCGAAAUAUGGAAGCUUUUGAGGAGCAAGAAGUGUAUUCAUCAUCAAAUUGAGCAGUGCUCUAAAGACUUGAUUAAAGAAAUCUAUAGUUCCGUUAUUCCAUACACCAUCGACGCCGUAUAUGCCCUGGCCCAUGCAAUAGAUAUAUCAUCUCGAGAUUUUACCUCAAGCAAUACAGGUACUCUAGACAAAUCGCCCAUCGUAAAUAGUUUGGGCAUGCAGAAGCUCCUUCAGAGAGUCAGUUUUGACGGACUAACAGGAAAGAUCAAGUUCGAUCAAUUUGGUGACAGAGGCUCGGCACAUUAUGACAUUUUCAGCUUUAAAGAAGGACCUGUGGGAGAUAUUAAGAGCAUUGAAAAGGUGCUGGUAGGAGAGUGGAUAAUUUCAAAUGAAAAUAAAACAAAGUUAGAUUUUCAUGGAGACUUUCAUUGGAAGACUCCGUUUGGUCGCCCUCCGAAAUCUGAAUGCUCGGAACAGUGUCCUCCUGGAACAAGGAAAUCUUCUACCUCACCUUGUUGUUGGCAGUGCCUUCCGUGUCUUGGUGGAACCAUCAGCUCAUCUGUUGGUUCUAAAAGCUGCAGUGAAUGUCCCAUCGAAACAAUGUCUAACCCAGCGAAUACAGAGUGUGUCGCCUUACCCUCUGCCAACAUAAGCUAUGCAAAUGUGACCGGAAUUGUGAUUCUAACGUUUAGCACGUUCGGAGUAGUUAUUACAUUGUUUUGUCUGACUGCCAUCUGCAAAUUCUGGAAUAGUCCCCUCGUCAAGGCAUCCAACAGGGUGCUUAGCCUUUCUCUUUUACUUACAAUUCUUGCAUCAUUCUCUCUGGUAUAUAUUGAUGUCUUUAAAACCACAGAUGCAAUUUGCAUGAUCAUAUACCCGUUACGUUAUCUGACCUAUAACUUCUGCCUCUCCAUCUUAUUGGUUAAGGUGUUGCUUAUUUCCAGCGCUUUUCAGGUUCCCAUUGUGACCAGUUUGGAAUUCACUUCUUUUCCAAACAAAGCUCAAGUUGGGAUUGUUAUAGCAUCUCUAGCUCCACUGUUGUCGGUGUUGAUGCCAUGGUUGCUUUUGGAUCCACCCUUUAACAUGCAACAUAUCUAUCCAAAACAAUACACCUUUAACGAAUGCAAGGCAUACUCCAGCUCACUUGGAAAAUCUCUAUUCUUGGCAACAUGCUGUUAUAUUUUCUUGCAAAUGCUUGUGUCCUCGGUCUGUGCCUUUAAGAUUAGGAACAUUCCUGAAAAUUUUAGCGAGGCCAAACGAAUCGCUUUUUCAAUGUACAUAUUUUUUUUCUCAUUGCUUUGUUAUCACCCGGUAGAAUUGUCCUUGGAUGGAUGGUAUGUAACUGUUGUGGACUGUGUAACAACUCUGUUGAGCGCCUAUGGUUUCCUUUGUUGUCUAUUUUUGCCCAAAAUGUAUAUUCUGUUCUUUAGGCAGGAGAUAAACGAUGUGAAUGGCAUCAGACAAGAAGUA